GACAGAGCUGGAAUCUCCUUCUUGGUGGCCCUUUAGCUCCAGGCUUUGGAAGGUGCCAUCAGAAACAAAACCCAGUGCGGGCGCCUCCAUGGCUAGAUCCAAAGCUUUUGGAAAAGAAGGGAUAGUGAUCAGAAUUCCUGCUGUUAUUUCCCAAAGAACAGAAUCUCGGGUUAAACUAGGAAAGUUCACUGUCCUUGUUUCUGGGUUGGAAAUCCACGACUCAGACUCCUUGCUCAUGCACAGAUUUGAAAGAGAACAUGUAGAUGACAUCAAGGUUCACACACCUUAUGAAGUCAGCAUCCGCCAGCGGUUCAUUGGGAAGCCAGACAUAGCUUAUCGUCUGAUAUCUGCCAAGAUGCCAGAGGUUAUCCCCGUUUUGGAAGUGCAGUUCAGCAAGAAGAUCGAGUUGUUGGAGAAUGCCUGGAUGUUCGGAAGCACUGCAACCGCUUCCCCAGCAGAGAAGGGCUUCUCAGUCUGGCUUGCAGGUCUCUGGGAUAUGGAGGGUACAGCUGAGUAUGGCCCUGGGCGCGAGUGUGGGCGGCAGGGUGUUUGGACACGUCCCCAGGUCUCAGCUUCCUCCCGAGCAUGA